CGUUCUUUAGUCCUCUUCUGUUCAUUACCACCAUGUCUUUUCUCGCUGCUCGUAACCUCCGUUUUGCUGCAACCAGGACAGGUCCUUAUGCUGGCCUUCCGCGUUCCCUAAUUGCACGAAACAUGAACUCCAAAGUCAACGGCCCAGUCGUCGGUAUUGACCUGGGAACAACAAAUUCUUGUGUCUCUGUUAUGCAGGGGAAGGAUUCAUUGGUUAUUGAGAACGCGGAAGGUGUUAGGACCACACCUUCCGUAGUUGCAUUCACAAAACACGGCGAACGCCUCGUUGGUCUUCCUGCCAAACGUCAAGCUGUUGUCAACUCUGCGAACACUGUUUACGCAUUCAAGCGGUUAAUUGGACGGAUGUACAAAGACCAGGAAGUCCAAGAUGACAUGAAGCACUGGCCUUUCAAGGUUGUCGCCAAAUCUGACGGCAGGCCAGCUGUUGAAAUUGAUAAUGAUGGAAAAAAGCAACAACUAUCAGCAGAGGAGUUGUCAUCUAUGGUACUCACAAAGAUGAAGGAGACCGCUCAGCAAUUCUUGAACAAGAACGUUAGCCACGCUGUCAUCACGGUCCCUGCCUACUUCAAUGACGCCCAACGUCAAGCCACGAAAGACGCUGGUCAGAUUGCUGGUCUUGAUGUUCUUCGUGUCAUCAAUGAACCUACGGCUGCCGCAUUGGCCUAUGGUCUUGGUGGUGAAGACUUCGACAUUGUCCUCGUUGAGCAUCUCUUGAACGAGUUCAAGAAGGAGUCAGGCAUUGACCUCAGCGGUGACCGUAUGGCCAUUCAGCGUAUUCGUGAAGCGGCAGAGAAGGCCAAAAUCGAACUUUCCUCCACCACCCAGACCGAGAUCAAUCUUCCGUUCAUCACUGCGGAUGCGUCUGGACCAAAACAUAUCAACACUAAGCUUCUUCGUUCCCAGUUCGAAUCUUUGGUUGACCCUCUCGUCAAGCGUACCACUGACCCAUGUAAAAAGGCUUUGAGCGAUGCUGGAGUCAAAGCUUCCGAGAUAAACGACGUUAUUCUUGUGGGUGGUAUGACUCGUAUGCCCCGUGUCGGCGAGACCGUAAAGAGCAUCUUCGGGCGUGAGCCAUCAAAGGGUGUCAACCCUGACGAAGCGGUUGCUAAGGGUGCUGCUAUUCAGGGAGGCGUUCUUGCUGGAAGUGUUACAGACAUUCUGCUUCUCGAUGUCACUCCUCUUUCUCUCGGUAUCGAGACCCUGGGGGGUAUCAUGACCAAGCUCAUCAACCGUAACACCACUAUUCCGACCAAGAAGUCGCAGGUCUUCUCCACUGCCGCCGACGGGCAAACUGCCAUCGAGGUCAAAAUUUACCAGGGAGAACGUGAGAUGGUUCGUGACAACAAGCUAUUGGGCAACUUCAACCUCGUUGGCAUCCCUCCGGCUCCCAAAGGUGUUCCUCAAAUUGAGAUCACCUUCGACAUCGAUGCCGAUGGUAUUGUCAACGUGGCAGCCAAGGAUAAGGCUACUAACAAGGACCAGUCGAUGACCAUCGCUUCUUCGUCUGGCCUGUCUGACAAGGACAUCGAGAAGAUGGUGUCGGAUGCUGAGCAGUUUGCUGAGAGCGACAAGGCUCGUCGUUCUCUCAUUGAGGAAGCCAAUAAGGCAGACUCUGUCUGUGCAGAUACCGAGAAGGCUAUGAAUGAAUUCAAGGACCAGAUUGAUGCUACUGAGAAGGAGAAGGUCGCACAGCUCAUCACUGAGCUGCGUGAGUUGGCCCAGAAAGGCCAAAAUGCAGACCCCUCAAUCACUGCUGAGACGAUACGCGAGAAGAUCAACGAGGCUCAGCAAGCGUCGCUUGGCCUGUUCCAAAAGGUUUACGAGAAGCGUAAUGCCGAGUCAUCAGAGGAAAAGCCUACUGAGGAUUCAGAAAAGAAGGAAGAGAAGAAGGAUUAAGCAAUCUGUUCUUCUCAUCCCUUUUCAUUAUCGCCAUGCCCUGCCGUUCCUCUGCAUCCUGUGCUCAUGACUUAACCGACCGCGCACCUCUAUUCCAUGUAUCUCCUUAAUCUCUCGCCUUACACGGCCUUGAUCAUUCCGCUCUUUCACGAACGCCUUCGAUAUAAUAUGCUUUACGCGUCCCUGCUACGUUUCUAAACUGCGUUCUUCUGGGGAGGCGGAAUGGAAAAGUAUAUCUCUACGACACCUGCUCUGAUUUUGCAUUAUACAAUCUUACAUUAUUCACCCUGCAUGUAUGGCAUAGUUUUUUUUGAUAGCUAACACCCCCCUCAGUGCUCUAUUGUGUUGCUCUGCUCAUUGGUUUGCGUUGCUUCCCAAGUUACUUAAAUUCCGUUAUACACUUUGUAUCGUAGGCAGCAAUGUACCAUUAUCGGCAAUGCAACAUGUUUCUGGAUAUA